CACGACACUCCUGGCCUCAUCUAUCCAACCUUCACCACCUCCGCUGAAGAAAAGGGCCUCCCACACACUCUCCAUUGCUUGUUUUGCAGCUCAGUCCACGGGUCCGACAGCUUGGAAAUGGCGCGCCGAACCCCUACCAAGCGAGCGGCGAAGACGUACGAACGGCCCGGGCUGUCAGAGGAGGAGAUCGAGGAGAUCAGGGAGGCGUUCAACCUGUUCGACACGGACGGGUCGGGCACGAUCGACCCCAAGGAGCUCAAGGCGGCGAUGCAGUCCCUGGGAUUCGAGGCUAAGAACCAGACCAUCUACCAGAUGAUCAGUGACAUCGACAAGGACGGCUCCGGCUCGAUCGACUUCGAGGAGUUUCUCAACAUGAUGACGGCCAAGAUGAGCGAUAAGGACACGCGGGAAGACAUCAACAAGGUGUUCAACCUCUUCGACGACGACCAGACGGGACACAUCACCCUCAGGAAUCUCAAGCGCGUGGCGAAGGAGCUGGGAGAGACGAUGUCAGACGCGGAGUUGCUGGAGAUGAUCGAACGAGCAGACACGGACCAGGACGGAGAGAUCAGCGCAGAAGAGUUCUACUCCAUCAUGACCAAGAAAACGUUCACAUAAUUGUUUCUGUUACGCAUCGUGUCUCGUUUACUUGCUAUUUCACCAUUGUCGAAUCUGCUUUUCAGUGCCAUCAUUGUAUACAGAGCGCGGAUAUGUGGCAUAGGGUUAUUCCUCUGCAAUACAGCGUUUCGUGCAGAAUAAUAGCUUGUUCGCAACGACGAAAUUUGCCGUUGCUGUGUAUGCGUUCGCUGAAAACUACGUUAAAAACGACGCUAGGUAGGAGCUUGAGGAGAAAGUCUUAUCAUUGGCAGCCAUG